UAGUCUUAUGAUUAAUUUUUUAAUACCAUUGUUAUUUUUUCAUUUUUACACAAAAUAAAAAAACGAAAUUUCUCUUUACUUUACCUUAAAUGUUAAAAAAAGAAAACCUUUCAUGAUUCUUUUUAACGAACGAUAACGAGGGGAUAGGUAGAUGAUUGCAAACUCGCUUUUUUUGAAAUAAGCGUGACUACAACAGCAAAGUUAGACAGAUACAUAAAUUGAUAAUUGAUCGUUCUACUCUAAAAUCUUUCAAGGAACUAUGGGUUUAAAACAAAAACGUGCGUUAAAUUCUAUUUCCAAUGAUAAAAAUGAAGUACAUGUUGAAAGAAAAAAACAAAAAGUAGCAAUGACUAGCAAGCACAUAUCGUCUGUUAGUUUGGAACAAUUAAGUCAUAAGGUUUCAAAAUUAUCUACUCAAUUGGAAACAAUCCAUCUACAAGAAUUUACUCAAACUUUAAAAAAGUUAUGGGAGUUGUUAAUUCCAUUGAGACUGGAAAGGAAAUUAGGAAUAAAUUAUUCUGAAGAAACUUUUUUAACUACUCGAGAAAAAGCAGAAGCAAAAUGGCUUGCUGACUCGUUUAUGAUCGUUUUCAAAAUUUUACUUUCCAAUGUUCAAAAAGAUAUAAAAGGUUUCGGGUCCCUUUCCUUAAAAUAUUUGAUGAAAUGCUUAAGAAUUGAAUGUAAAAUUCGUUUCACCAAAAAAACAGAUCAUUCUACAUUUCCACUUCGUUUGCUAGAGUCUAUUUUGAAAUAUUGUAUUUCAACCAGUGCGACAUGUUUCACAAAUUUGUGUAAUACUUUGAUAGAAGACUAUUUCUACCGUUAUAAAGAUUUACAGUUUUAUUCCUUGCAAACAUUGGAAAGUAUAGUGGUUGAAUUACUAGAAACAAAUACUUUAAAAGAAGUUGAUACAUUCAACGAAGAAGAUAUCAACAUCAUUUCGCGACACAUCUUUCUUUUGCUUCAUAGUUUUCCUAGUCCGAAAGAAAUCGAAAAACAAGAACAUAAUUAUGGUUCAGAAACAUUUUGUUUAAAAUAUCUCUCUAGUAACAAAUCAGUGUCUAAAAUAGAUUAUCAAAAUGCUUUUGUUUCUUGUUGGAUGAAAUAUUUACGUUUAAGCAACGCCACACAUCACUUAUCUUUAAGCCAGUAUAAAGAGGUUCUAUCUAUAUUACCUACGCGUUUACUACCAUUUUUGAAAUGUCCUCUAGUUAUAUCGCAUAUAUUUUUUCAAGCUUUCUAUCAUAAUGAUUUACAAAUAGCCGUGGAAGCACUUUCGGGACUUUUUUAUUUAAUAGUGAAAUCUCGAUUAGCUGAACCCCAACUGCUUGAUACAACAGCUAAAGAGUUUUAUGCUCAUCUACUCACCCUUGUCCAGCCUAAAAUUUUUUCUUUAAAUGUUAGAACAAGAUUUAUUCGAUUAUUAGAAGCGUCUCUGCGUUCAAAAUUAUUAUCUUCUACUAUGAAAGCAGCUUUCAUAAAAAGAUUAGUUUCCGUCUCUUUAUUGACACCACCAGGAGCUGCAUUAUGGUUAUUGACUUUAGCAUUAUCAUUGCUACAAUUAUCUGGGUCCGGAAUACUAAAAUUUUUACUUUUGCGAAAUAUAUCACCUAGUAUAUUUGAAGAACAAGACCCCUUAGUAAAAUUUAACGAAUCCAAUGACGAUGAUGAUGGUUUACUUCUAGAUGAUGCGAUACCUUUUACUAAACGAAUGUGCGCUUGGACCUCUUUAAAAAAAAAUUUAAAGCCUAAUGACGAAACUUGUGAAACUCUAUUGCACCCUUAUUCUCUUUGGGAGUUAAAUUGUCUAAAACGACACUGGGAUCCCUCUGUAAGAAAUCUUGUUAACCUUUUUGAUGAAGAUAUAUUUUCAGUCAAAGCGACGAGAAUAGACACUAAGCCUUUUUUAAAUGCAAAUAACUCGGAAAUAUUUUUCAGUUAUAUGAAACCUUUAAUGAAAGAACAGGACAAGAAUUUUUAUCAAUAUGCUCCCAUUAAUGUGAAAACAUUAUCUGAAAAUUCAAGCGACGAGUCCUGCUUACAUUUACUCCGUUUAGCUUCAUUCUAUAAUAAGGCCCUUUAAAACCCUUUUUUAAAAUAUUUUACUUUUUGCAGUUCACCAAUGAAAAGACAUGGUUGUUUAUAACAAACUCUCCUUAACGAAUUCCCCGUUUCAUAUGAGGAGGCGCUUAUACUCCACAAAAAAAACGUCUUGUUUCUGAUGCAUCAAUAAAACGAAUCGCUUCUUUGUAAAAUAUCUUGGAGUUCACUUUAUUUUACAAAAAUAACUACCACGCUGAUAAUGAAAAACAAUAAAGUCAUGCUUUUGCGCGUUUUUUUUUCUUCAUUAAACUAUUAAAUGGCGUUUAAAAAAAUUGAAAUGAUCAUGUUUACUAAUAAAAACUAUAACAAAAAAAAUUACU